AGAAAGAAGUUUGGGGCCUCAAUUUAUGUAAUAACCGGAGGGUUUAAAUUGAAUGGUUUGAGAACCUCUGUGUUCUCUCUCUGACUCUCCUUCUCUACUUGCGUUUCUCUCUCUAUCUCUGCAACUGAAGUCUCUCUCUUUAGAAAAGCCAUGGCGAAAGGGGACGAUGCUUUGAGGAAGAAGCAUAACAAAGUGUUACGGAAGAGGAUGAGAAAAGACGCGCCUGUCUCUGCACGCAUUGCAUCUGUAAUCGCAGCGAAGCGCAGGCGCAAAGCGGGAAAGAGAAGAAUGUGUGAGGGGAUGUGUUUUACUCUUCCAACUCCUGAUGAUCCAUUCAAUGAUAAGAAUGACAAGAAAGCUCGCAACAAACCCGAUCCCAAAAGUCUUACUUCUAACAAAGUUGAUGGAGGGCUAUCUCAAGCCAAAAAAGUGAAGACUUCUGAAAGCCAUGAACUGAAAAACUCCAUUAAAAAAGACUUGGAGGAGAAUCACAAGAAAUCAUUUUUUCUUGCUAAAAAAGGGCGGACAGAUCUUUUAGGGCCUGAAAAGCGAAAGAGUACAGCAGGUGAUGGAGUUGGAGGGGUCAAUCCAAAUUUGGGGAUUCCAUCUGUGGGUUCAGUUCCAAAUUCUCUGUUUUUGUGCUUGAAUGCAAUACAAAGUGCAUGGAUCCAAGCUGAUUCCCUCCCAGAGAGCUUGAAAACCUCUUUGUUUAGUAACAAAUGGGGAAUUGAAUUUUGGAAGGCUUUUUCUGAUGGGUUUGACAUUCUGGGGGUGACCGAAGCUUCUUUAAAUAGAGAGCAUGUUGCAUGGAUCGUUUCCACCGCUGCUGUUAUCUUCGCUACAACUGAGAAAGGUCUAUCCAGCAGCAGCCCCUUCCUCAUAUAUCUUGUGCCAUCUCAAGACAUAGCUACGAAGGUGAGAUCACUUUGUAAACCACUUAAGGCGAUUGGGUUUCAUACAGUGAGCAUACAUCCAGGAGCGCAGCUAGAUCAUCAACUGCAUGGGCUGAGGAGUUGCAAACCUGAAUUUUUAGUGGCCACUCCUGAAAGACUCCUUGAACUAGUUUCCCUAAAGGCACUCAGCCUAUCUGAUAUCUCAAUGUUGGUUAUUGAUGGCUUAGAGAGUUUUAUUAAUGGUGGUCUUGAGGAUACUUUAAAGCUCUUGAAGCAAUGGGUUUCUAAAGUUCACAAGACUGUCAUUCUUAGUGACAAGUAUGGAAGCACAGCCAUUCAAAUAGCUCAGAGCCUCCUGAAGCCACCAUUCAGGAGGCUAUUUAUUGAUAAUUCUAUCAUCAGUGAAAGUUUGGGCAUCUAUCAACACCCAUACGUGUGUAUGUCAGAUGAAGCAAAGACAUCAAAGGUCAUGAAAAUUUUGAAACAAGAUCACAGUGACCAACCACUCUCUUCUAUUUUUAGAUCCUUGGUGAUUGUUGGAACUGCUAGCAAGGUUCAGCUGCUGGUUGCUAAAUUCCAAGCAGAAAGAUUUGCUGUGUCUAGUGAUCUUGUGAAUGUUCGAUCACAUGGAUCAACUCCUUCGGACCAUUCAAGUUUGUCCAGUUGCAGUGAGAAAGGGGUGGUGGUAUCAGUGACCGAUAAGGACAGCAUAGGAAGGACAGAGGACAUUGGGGUGUUUCAAACUAUAUUUUUUUAUGACUUUCCAUCUUCCAUUGAAGAAUAUGUUGAGAUUCUGAGUAAGAUGGAAACCCACUUAAUUAAAGGAGUGAUAUACAGUUUGUGCAGUGGAGUGGAUGCCCCUCUGGCUAAGCCUUUAAUAAAGGUUAUGGAACAGCAUGCUCAACCUGUGCCUGAAACUCUCAAAAUGCUCUCUGAUGCUGCAUCUGUAGUAUUCAAACAGUGACAUUGGUUUUAGUUUUGAAUGAUAUUUGUUUGCAUCUUUUAGAGAGAGAAAUCGGUUUCCAUGUUACUUGCCAAUUGGGCUUAGUUUUUUGUUUUUCUGGCUUUUGGUGUUUUUAAUGUAUAUGGACUUCCUUUGCUUCUUA